GGGUGUGUGAGAGGAGCAUCGCGCUGGAUGUGGAGCAGGAAGGUGUGAGUGCUCUGUAGCCCACAGAGAGAGCCUCACCUGCCGCCGGGGUCUCUCCGAUCAUGGACUAGUUUGGCACAUGACGGAGAGCAACGGGAGCCACGAGCCAAAGGACUGCCGUUAUCUACCUCGCUGCUUUCGCAACCGCUGGAGAGUAGCUUAAGAGUCGGUCGUUAUUUAUGUUUAUUUACAUGUAUUUAUAACGCGCGCGCUACCGUUACAUUGCACUGCAUCUGGCGCCCCGAUGCUUUUACAUCAGUUCGUGAAUGGGACGCUGGAAGCGAUGUAUCCCAGCGUUCAGAAAGACACGACUUUCACCAAGAUCUUCGUGGGCGGCUUGCCGUACCACACCACGGACGCGUCGCUGCGGACUCACUUCCAGACCUUCGGCCGCAUCGGCGAAGCCGUGGUGAUAGCGGACCGCCACACGGGCAAAUCCAGAGGAUACGGCUUUGUCACUAUGAUAGAUAAAAGUGCAGCUGAGAGAGCUUGUAAAGAUCCCAACCCUAUUAUUGAUGGACGCAAAGCUAAUGUCAACCUGGCGUACCUCGGGGCCAAACCACGCAGCCCACUGACAGACUCAGCCAGCCGUAUGUUUACCCUCAGGCCUACCUGCAGCCUAGUGUGGUUCUGCCCGCACAGGUCACCUCCAGCGCCACGACCCCUUACCUAGACUUCAGCACUGCCUACACUCAGUACGCCUCCUCGGCCUUCGAGCAGUAUCCCUACGCCUCCUCGCCAGGCUUCCUGAGCUACAUGUACCCUCCAGGCACCCCCGGGCCCUCCUCCGCCACAAACACCCCGGUCCCCACAGCCCUCCCCUCCAUCGGAGGAGCCCCCAGCACAGCCUUCAUCCAGAUCCCUGCUCAUCAGCUCCACGCCGACCGCCUGUAGAUCAGGCCACAGGGACCCACCGGGUUUGCUGAUAUUGCACUAGAACAUCAUCAUUUUGGGACAGGGAACUGUGACAUCAUCAGCCUGAGACUGGGGGCGAAUACAAAAGGGCUUCAAGUUAUUCUGCUUUUCAUCAACCCUAAGUUUAUGGACUUUUACUCUGACUGGUUACUCUUUAUAAUUAAUAAUGAUAUAUUAUUGGUAGAAGAUUGUUGAAUAACCAAUAUUAGAUGAAUAAAUGGCAGAUUGCAGGGUUGUAAUGCAGACGGAUCCAACGAAUGAGAAGAAGCGAGAGGUUAUACACACACAACCGUUCAAAAGUUUGGGGUCGGUACGAUCUUCUAAUGUUUUUGAAAGAUGUCUCUUAUGC